GAUGGUUCAUCAUCUUCUUCAUCUAAAAAUAUCAGUAAACAACAAGUUUCUUUUUUACGUGCCUAUUUUAAACAUUUAUAAAAUUACUACAAACAAAUCUACUUUGGUUUUUAGUUGAUUUUAAAACUUGAUUAAUAUCGCCGUCUAACUUUUAAUACCCUAUCAUUCAUAUCAUUCAAUUAACCGAGCGUCUCCCUUCGAAAACAACUACUCCUUUUGCUAAUACCGCAACAGGCAUUGAAUUAUAUCCAAAGGAAAGACGACAGAGAUAUACAUUUAAUUUCAACACUUUUUUUAUGAUUAUAGAACUCGUAAAAUUUAAAUGACUGAAAAUUAAAAGUGAAGGCGAAUGACCCUUUAAUACAAUUUCAAAGAAAACUAGAUGAAACAUCUGUCAAAAAUGUCAAAAUUAACGUAUAGUAUGCAAUUCCUCAAUAAGCCUUAGGUUGAAAUUUAUUUUAGAUCCACAAAAUAUCGAACAAUGGCAUUACCAGACCCCGUCAAGAUUUCGCCUCUAAUAAAACUGGCGCGGUACGCGUUUUUAAUAUCGGGAAUUGUAUAUGGCGCCAGCAGAUUGAAUCUUUUUAAAAGCAUUGCAGCUAGUCAAAGGGAGGAAAAAGAACGUCUCAAAAAGGAGGCUGAAAUGCAAGUCGCAGAAGAGAAACGAAAGUCUAGUGAUAGAGACCUAACCGCCAUUGCUGCCUUGUUCAAUGCAGAAACUAAUUCUGGAAACGUACCGAAAGAAAAAGAUGCAACACCUGAAAGUGACGGUACUUGUAGUUCUGACGAAAUUAAGAAAGAACCUUCCGGAGAUCUAGUGAAUGAAGAUCAAAAUAAACUAAAUGAACAAUGUACAGACGGUAUUUUAUCCGGUGGAAAUGAUUACCAUGUUGAAACAUUUUCUAAAGGUGUUCCUUACGCCUCUCCAAAAUCAGAGAAAGCAGACUUUUUACCCAAAUAG